AAAACCAAAAAAGGGGGUCUAACUUCCUCUUGUAUCCCACCUCCUCUCCGCUCUCUUUCUAUAGAAGAACAAAGGAAUAGGUGUUUUCAGACACCGAGGCAUGGCCAUGGUCAGUUCGCCCCUCGCCGACGGAUCCACCACCUCCUCCUUGGAUCAAAUCCAAAAGCUUUAAACCAUCAUCCAGCAGAAGUGCGCAAGAGAAGACAUGAGAUCGAUGAAGGCACGUGUGGUCUAGUACGUACGGCGUGCACAUGUCUUGUUUCACCCAGUUCUCCUUCGCCUCCGCUUCCUCCUGUUCUCCCUUCUAUUAGAUCUUGGGUUUAAUUUUCCUUGGGUUUUUGGUGGUAAGGUUUGUUUGUUUGUUUGAUUUGAAGCUCCACCUCCGCUGCUAUAUCCAUCUCCAUCUCUCCUGUGAUUUGACGUGGGAAAAGAAAGCCACCAGACAUGGCUUUCCUUUCGCCUCUCCAUCUCUCCAUCUCCCCGUAGUUCUUGAAUCUAUUCGGCCUCCUAGACUUUUCCUUCUCCCCCCCAACUCUAUUUCUCUCCUCCCCCUCCCUUCUAUCAUCCACUUCUUUCCUCAAUCUCUUUCCUAGUUUUCUUUUGGGCUCCGUUGUUGAAGGAAUGGAGGAAUUCUCCCACUUGGGUGGUGGAAACUCUAGGGGGUCUUUCAUAUACCUUUCCUCAUCGUCGGUUGCCGCAGCCACCACCACCACGGCAUCCCCUACUCCACCGCCCAGCUCCGCCGCCUAUGGGCGGAGCUUCUACCCCACCGCGCUGCUCCAAAACCCUAGCACUCCAACCUUAAAAACCGAAGCCGGCUCCUCACAGCACCAGUCUCACAAGCCUGGGGAGAUGUCCCAGAGCGAUAUCGAAGCUAUCAAGGCCAAGAUCAUCUCCCAUCCUCAGUACUCCAGCUUAUUGGAAGCCUAUAUGGACUGCCAAAAGGUGGGAGCGCCACCGGAGGUGGUCGCUCGGCUCUCGGCCACUGCCCGAGAGCUGGAGGCGCGCUCGAGCUGCCGACGCGAAGCAUCCACCGAUCCCGAGCUGGACCAGUUCAUGGAGGCCUAUUGUGACAUGCUAGUUAAGUACCGGGAGGAGCUAGCGAGGCCAUUGCAGGAGGCCACGGACUUCCUACAGAAGGUGGAGUCACAGUUCAACGCUCUCACCAACGGUGCCUCAGCUCGCUUCUUGUCUUCUGAUGAGAAAUGUGAAGGUGUUGGAUCCUCCGAAGAGGACCAAGAUGCCAGUGGAGGUGAAUCCGAACUCCCGGAGAUUGAUCCCCGAGCCGAGGACAAAGAGCUGAAACAGCACCUUCUGAAGAAGUACAGCGGGUAUUUGAGCAGCCUUAGGCAAGAGCUGUCCAAAAAGAAGAAGAAAGGGAAGCUGCCAAAGGACGCCCGGCAGAAACUACUCAAUUGGUGGGAGCUGCACUACAAAUGGCCUUAUCCUUCAGAAACUGAAAAGGUGGCCUUGGCAGAAUCAACGGGCCUUGAUCCAAAGCAGAUCAACAACUGGUUUAUAAACCAAAGGAAGAGGCAUUGGAAGCCAUCGGAGGACAUGCAAUUUGUUGUAAUGGAUGGAUUCCAUCCACAGAAUGCUGCUGCUGCUCUCUUCAUGGAAGGACAGUUCAUGGGGGAUGGCAUGUACCGCCUUGGCCCGUGAUCUAUGCCUGGUAAUACCAACUUAUAAUUCAUUCCCAGGCAUGGACAUGUAUGAUCCUCCGCGUAUAACAAUAUCUGUGCACACGUACAUGUAGGAUUAUCGUUAUUUUUGAAUAGUAUUCUACUUAACCACUAUUAAAGUACUUAGCGGUAUUAACUGUAGUAUAGCUAUAUAUUUUGGCAGUUUCAUAAAAGUUGCUACAGUAACAUGUUCAUAGUGUUAUCUCUGGCCUUCGACCCUCCGGAGGUCAUCUGCUGUUUGCUUCA